UCAACAGGUUAAAUUUUCCUUCCUCACACCAUUUUUACUAUACAAACUUCUAAGCUCUUUUUUUUUUCUUUUACUUAGACAAAGAAAAAGGUUUAAGAAAUUAGAGAAAACAAUGGGUUUAUAAAAACUUCUAAGCUCUUUUUUUAUUUUACCAAAUUGUAGAAAAAAAGGUGGGUUUACACAAACUUCUAAAAGGGUCAAGAAAUUGAAGAAAAAGUUGAAUUUUUUUAAUAUUUUUUUUUCUUUUGGAGUAAUGGAUGAUGGGGAUGUAUCAGGUUGUAAAAAUGAGAGGAAAAAAGAUGGAGAAAUGGUAGAGAAAAGUGAAAUUAAUAUUAAUAAUAAUAGUAAUAGUGAAAAGAAUGUGGAGAUAUCAGCAGCUACAGCAUCUAUUAUGUUUCCAGGUUUUAGGUUUUGUCCAACAGAUGAGGAACUGAUAUCUUAUUACUUAAAGAAGAAAGUUGAAGGGUCUGAUAAUUGUGGUGAAGUUAUUUCUGAAGUUGAGAUUUGGAAACAUGAACCUUGGGAUCUUCCUGCUCAAUCCAUCAUUCAGUCAGAUAAUGAAUGGUUCUUCUUCUCUCCUCGUGGAAGGAAGUACCCAAAUGGUUCGCAGAGUAAAAGGGCAACUGAGUCUGGUUACUGGAAGGCCACAGGAAAAGAACGUAAUGUGAAGUCUGGUUCUAAUAUGAUUGGCACAAAGAGAACCCUGGUAUUCCACAUUGGUCGGGCACCUAAAGGACAGAGGACACAGUGGAUAAUGCAUGAAUAUUGCAUGACGGGUAACUCUAAUGAUCAGGAUUCAAUGGUUGUUUGCCGCCUGCGGAAGAAUAACGAGUUUCAUUUGAAUGACACCCCAGGAAAUCAAAGGAAUCAUCUGGCUGUAAAUGAUACCGCUGCUUUGUCUGGGGCAGGACAGUUGGAUGGUUUGGGAUUGAUAAGUGGAGUGGCGUGCUGUUCCAAAGUGGGUAGUAGCAGUUAUAGUUCUCAUUCGGUUGAGCAGAUUGAAUCUGGAUCAGAAUCCGAUAAGCUGACUAAAGAGUUGCCUCAGCAUCAUUCCUCUAGUGACUUGAAGGAUUGUGAUGAAGAGGACUGUUUUGCUGAUAUAUUGAAAGAUGAUAUCGUUAAGCUAGAUGAUUCUUCGUAUAAGGCAAGAAACAAUCUGUUGCCAACAAUCGCUAGGAAGCUUGAAUCCUCUACGAACUCGCCAAUGUCCGAGGAAGCCCAAAAUCUGAUGUCUCAUCGGCUGCCUUUCCAGGGCACUGCAAAUCGAAGACUAAAACUACGAACGGAAAACGUGCCCCGUCAAGUAGAGAAAUCUAAACCCCAUGAAGCUAAUAAGAAGAUUAGCCAUGGUCGGGGCAUCAGUAGACAGUUGAUUAAAAGGAUGAAGCAAUGGUUGAUAUGUUUACUUUUAGUUUCCUUGAUGUUACUGGUCAUGUUUCUUUGUUUAUUCGGAGUUCCACAACAGAGUAAAAUGGCAUUACUCCAGCUGAAGUUAAUGUAGCGCCAGCAUAGAUCUCUUUUGUAGUAUUUAGAGUGGCAGUUCAGAGAGGUAGUUGAUUCAACUUUUUGAUGCAUGUAAAGUAGGCUCUGCUUAUGUCCAAUUAUCUGUAUUUUACUAGCAAAACAGUAAUGUACAGGAUGAUAUCUUGUAAACUUGUAGGUGUAUGACAGUAGCAGAACUUUAGGGUGGUGUCUUACUUUACAUAGUUGUAUAAUACCUUGUAAAGAUAUGUAGCUGUAUAAUAUCUGCGGCGGUUUUUCA